AUGAAUGCGAAAGCCACUACAAUUAAAGAAGCCCUCAAACGACUGGAGGAUCGCACGAAAACUAACCCUUGCGAAGAUAAGGAAAUCGACCUGUGCUUUCAGUGGCCACCGAUUGAGAAAAUGGACACAACCUUCUCCACCUUGGUCGCUUGCGAGAAACUAUCGCUUUCAACCAAUAUGAUCGACAAAAUCUUCGGCCUGAGUGGAAUGAAGAACCUUCGAAUUCUAUCGCUCGGCAGAAACUACAUCAAAGCCAUCUCCGGGUUGGAGGGAGUCAGCGACACUCUCGAAGAGCUUUGGCUCAGUUAUAAUCUUGUUGAGAAGUUGAAGGGGAUCAACGUGCUCAAGAAGCUCAAGGUUCUGUACAUGAGCAACAACUUGGUCAAGGAUUGGGUAGAGUUCAACAGACUGGCCGAUUUGCCUAUGCUGGAGGAUUUGCUGUUUGCCGGAAACCCGUUGGUCGAAUCAAUGGAGGAGAGCGUUUGGCGUGCGGAAGCUAGCAAACGGUUACUGUCGCUGAAGAAGCUAGACGGAGAAACGGUCAUUCGGGAGGAAAAUGAUAGCCAACAGGGCCCGCAACCAGCUGGUGGUCAGACGGAGAAAAUUUAG